CCACUCACGACUGUGACUGCUGCGUGAUUCUUGACAUUUGUGAUUGCUCUCUAGCAAUUCACGAUUGUGAACGUCGAGCUAAAGCAGGCACGCAUCCUCGUCAGACACUACGACUUUUGCCAGCUCUCCAUCGCUUGCGUGGCCCAAUUGUGACUCGUUUCAUUUCUUCAAGAACGCAAAGCAAUCACUUAAUUGCAUUCGCUCCUCGAAGGGCGCCACGACUGCAGCCGAAGAGCUGCGCGCAGGACUCGCAAGUCGUCUGUUGCGCUCUCUGACCAUCUCCAACCCUGGCGCUACCGCGUUCAUCGACUGGAGCAAGUGUGGCAGAGCGGGCCCGAACCAUGCAUUGGCUCUGCCACGACAGAUCGGGAUAGAUCAAACUAGCGCCGGGUGAACAGCUGCUCACGAACCAAGCAUUCAAUCACCUCGCAGCCCGCCCCUUCUACAUCAGCUGCAGCCACGACAUCUCCGAAAAACCCCGCCAAACGGACAUGGAGUGCUCUCACCCAGCCAGCUUUGGCGGGCUCUGCGCGCUGUGCGGAGCUCAUCUUGACAAUGAGCAGCAGUCAGCGACGUCAUUUGCAGUGAUGCACAACACCACUGGUCUCAGAGUCACGCAUGAGGAAGCAAGUAGGUUGGACAGCGAGUACACACAGAGGUUGCUCCAGCAACGCAAGCUCGCGCUCAUUGUGGAUCUGGAUCAAACCGUCAUUCAUGCGACUGUGGAUCCGACCGUGGCAGAGUGGCAGUCUGACCCUACGAAUCCCAACUGCGAGGCUCUCAAAGGCGUGGGCCGCUUCCUGCUAGGUACCGACGGCAAAGCUGUGGUGGGCGCCGAGGUGCCAGGGGAAUCCAGCAGCUCAGAAGAGGCAAACAAAGCUCCCGCAUCUAGCUCCAAGAUCGCCUCCGCUUCCGACAUUGCAGCAGCAGCUGCAGCGCAAGAUGGAUGUUGGUACUUUAUCAAGCUGCGCCCAGGCACCAAACAAAUCCUCAAGAGCUUGAGCGAAAAGUACGAACUUCACGUGUACACCAUGGGCACGCGGUCGUAUGCGGACUGCGUCUGCAGAAUCAUUGAUCCCGACGGAAGCUUGUUCGGCUCGAGGAUCUUGUCGAGGGAUGAAAACGGCAGCUUGGUACAGAAGAGCUUGAAGAGAUUGUUUCCGAUGGACACGAGCAUGGUCGUCAUUAUUGACGACAGGGCUGACGUGUGGAGCUGGAGUCCCAAUCUGGUAAAUGUCAGACCUUACGACUUCUUUGUCGGCAUCGGCGACAUCAAUGCUACCUUUCUACCCAAGGCGCCCGCCUCGUCCACAGACGGACCUCCAUCUCCAGAAUCAUCCACCCAAGCCAAGUCGUCACCAGCCUCAAGUGCAGACACGUCCAAUGGCAAAGACGGGAGCAGCGCGAGCUUGCAGACAUCUACCGACGGGAUAGCAUCACAGCGAAGGCGCUCCAUAGCCGAACAGGAACAAGCAGACAAUGACGAAGCGCGGACGAAAGCCACAGAGUCACAAAAAGUGGCAGUUGCUGAGGUAUUGGAUGCGAGACCUUUGGCUCGGAUGCAAGAGGCGCUCGACGAGAAGGUUGCAGCUGCUGAAGAAACCGCAUCGCCCACAGCACUGCAGGACAGCUCACAUGAGAGCGGCGCUGCGUCUGUUGAAGGAUCCAGCGGGACUUCGUCGACUACGCAACCAACCGCAGUCGAGGCUCCUACCAUUCAAGCAGCCAGUACUGAGACAACCCCUAACACAACCUCCGAAGAGGGUGCCAACCACAAGCGUGCAGACACUGCACCCCCGACAUCGUCACCUCCUCCUCACCAGCACGCUGUGCUACGAGAUGACGACAACGAGCUGGUCAGAAUCCAAACUAUUUUGAAUGAGAUCCACGAUAGUUGGUUUCAGCGAUGGGAUCAUUAUAACGCUAAUGCCAACGAGAAUGCCAUCAAACCGCACGUCUCUCAUUUGAUCUCGACGAUCAAGCGACGAGUACUCGCAGGCAUCUCUGUUGUCUUUUCUGGUAUUGUUCCUCAAGGCUACUCGCCAGAGUUAUCUCAUCUGUGGAGGCAAGCAGGAGAAUUUGGCGCUCAAUGCAGCGCCAACGUCACCUCGGACAUGACGCACCUCGUCAUAGCCAAGCCCGGCACAGCCAAAGUCAGAGAGGCUCAAAGACUCAAGGGCGUUAAGAUUGUGUGGGCUGCUUGGAUCCAGGACAGCAUCAAUGCAUGGGAGAAAUUGUCAGAAGAGCCGUACCUCUAUGUUGACGAAAAGCCUGCUGACAUGCAGAUCAACGGCGAGGGAGCUGAGAGCAGAAGGACGACCGUUGGAGCGCCGCCACCUCAAGAAGGUUCGACUCCUCGCAACGACCAGCCCGUGCUGUCAGAAGAUCAAGCUGACCUGUCCAGCUUUGCGGGCUUUGGCAAUGGCAUGGACUGGAGCGCAGCUGAUGAGGAAGUGGACGCAUUCUUGGCUGACGGCGAUGACGAAGGGGAGGAUGAGAAUGAUGAUGAGGAUAGAGACGAUUACGACGCCAACGAGAAUGACAGGACGGCGGAGGAAGGUGCUCCGCACAAUGCUCCUGAUUGGAAUGAUGGCCCUACUCCGCCGACUCAACCGAGAUCGAAGCGGCAAAGAUCACCAGUCCCGGCGAGGCCGACCUUCGCCGAAGUUGACGAUGGUGAUGGUAAGCGACAACGGUUGCAUCUCGACCAAGCAGGCAACCUUGAUCCUUCGACGCAGACAUCCUCGUUUGAGCUUCUGACUCAACAGGAAGAGUCUACACAUAGCGAUGCACCCAGCGAGACCGGCACGGAUGAAGAGGCCAUGCUCGACGCGCUUGCCAGGCGUCUUGAUCAAGGUCAGGCCGGCAAUUCGGGCUAGUCGAACACCACUUGCCGCCUGGUCAUUCCGCUUGUCCGUAAGCGAGCGUGCAUGCCCUCUAUCGACCCCCCUCUCUCCACCCGCGACUCGAAUCGACGCGAGAUUUCUUCUUCUCAAUCAGUCACUGCUUCAUGUCACCGUUGUGCCUCACUUUUCCGUUCGACGCUUCCAUGGCUCUAUAGCGCUUCAAAAUGACACAUCGUGCGCUGAGCACGUGAGGGCUACAAUGUCUCCAUGUAUUUCAUACAGACGCGGGCUCGAGAAUUUCAAAGAUGACGCCCAAAAUGAAGCAC